AUGGAGCGACAUAGAGUUAGUUUGGUAGCCUAUGGAGACCCCAAUGGCUUCUCAGCAAUGGCUCGCACUGUUGGAUAUACGUGCGCUAUUGUAUCCAACAUGGUCUUACAAGGAGAGAUUCAACGGCCUGGAAUGCUGCGGCCGGUAACCAAGGAAGUCUACCGUCCAGCCCUGAAGCGGCUAGCUGAUUACGGUAUCAAAGCAACGACAACGGUCACUCCGAUGUAA